AUGGGUUCCGACACGGUCACCAUGACUCAGCUCGACCAAAAGCUUCAGAGCGGCUUCAACAUGAUCUUGGAGAAGCUAGGCGUCGCAGUGGCAGCCUCUCCCACCCUGACCUUCGGGCACCACGCCGGUCCUGUCACCCCGGCGCCCGACAACGAGCCACCCAUCGCCACGGGCCCGGUCUCUGCGCGCGUCAAGCUCGUCUGCAAGUGCGGCAUCGAGGACGACGUGGCGGCCGGCCACGAGAUCGUCUGCUUCGAGGCCAACUCGAACUACGCCGAGCUCUGCAUGAUCCUGGCGCGCCGCUUCAAGCAGAUCCAGAGCGGCACCUCCGACGUGCGCGCCAACCUCGCCGAGUGCGUCUGGACCAAGAAGCACAAGAUCGUCCAGGUCAAGGUCGACUGGGUCGAUAGCAACGAUUCGAACUGGGGCUCGACCAACAUCUCCAACUCGGUUGUUACCGAGGCUAACUGCAAGGAGGUGCUCAAGAUGAUGCAGGACCGCAAGGGCAGGGACUAUGUCACUGUCUACAUCUCUGACAUCUAG